AUGGUGCCAGACUCAGCAAUUGUUGGCUUUGUGUGGGUGCUGACCGCCAUUUCUGGCAUCAUCGUUGUCGCCAGGAGCGUCAUGAAAUUUCUACGAUUCCGAGGUCUGGCUUGGGAAGACUCCCUGAUGAUAAUCUCGUUGGCUCUCGCCGUUGUCUACGGCACAUCCACCAUUCUUCUCUACGAUCUUGGUCUGAAACAACAUACCGCUUUCUAUUCGCCAGAAUUCGCAGAAUAUCUCUACCUCUGCCAUGCUGUGGGCUUUAUGGCACCCAUGUUCAGUCGUAUCUCGUUUUGCCUGUAUAUGCUGCGCGUCCUCAGCACGACUUCUGUCACCAGAAAACGCCUCAUAUACGCCUUCAUCGCACUGCAACUCGCUGUGAACGUACCCGUCAGCAUUUUCGUCUUCACGCAAUGCGGCAGCUUCCAAGAGUUGUGGCAGCAUGGAAUAGCGCAGCCCUCACCUUCAUGCGUGCGCCAUGACAUCAUCAAGAUUUUGGCCCUGGUGGCCGUAGUCUUCAACGCCGCUACAGAUCUCUUCUUGACCAUUCUACCGGCAGUCGUGGUCUGGAGUAUCAAGGUCAUGACUGCUCGUGCUCGCCUCGGCCUUGCAGCGACUUUGGGAUUGUCAUUCUUCGCUACUAUUGCCAGUGUGAUCAAGAUCUGGUGUGUGUAUGCUCUGUACACUUACAAGCCCUCCCUCGAGACAGUUGGCAGGUUGGUCAUUGUCAUGGGUGUCGAGAUCAAUGUGGUCAUUAUCGCUGCAUCCAUCCCAGUCCUCGCACCACUGUUUUUGCAGAAAAGUGGAACGAACAAGAAGAGAAUGUAUAAGGAGCCUGAAUUGAAGACGUACGACACUGGUGCCGAGAGCGCUGCGACGAAGGACAUUUCGCUGCAGUCGAGCAAUACACUUGGUACUUCUUCAAGCAAGACAUGCAAUGGUUCCACACAAGGCAAAAGUGUCAUUACGAGGACGAUGGAGGUGUCGUCGGAGGAUAGAGAAGCCGUAUGA